GUCUUCACUUCCAACUGGCGGGAUAUGCCAGGCACGCAAAACGAGGAUUGGGUUCUGUACAGCCGCCUUGCCGAUGUCGUCCAGGCUGAAACACCAUGGCCGUCAUGCAGCAUCAACGACACUCUGGCUGGUCAAGGCUUUCCUGGCGCUUGCAGGCUGAGCUCAACGUCGCAGCUCACGGGCAGGUGGUUCGCGCCGCCGGAGACCUUUGAAGGCAACUUGCCGAAGCACAGCUUGAAGUUGGAGCUGUGGAACGCCACCAAGUGUUUCGCCGAAGCACGAACUGACAUUCGCAACAUGGUUGGUGGCCUGCCAGUUUCUGUCGAGUCAUCAGGGAAGGACUUGUGGUUGGCAUUUUGGUACUUCUUUGGCAACAUGGUAUCCAUCAUCUUUGCAGUGCUGUUCUUCCUUGGAUGGUGGCAGAUGACAGAGGCCACAUACAACUACGAGCUGUUCACAGAAAGCUUGGAGCCUCACCGUUGGAGCUCACUGAUGCUAGGAGUGUGGAACUUCCGCUUGAACUCCGAGUCAGACCGUGAGAUCUGGAAGCAGAUCAUGGUCAGCCAGUUUCGAGCACAGUUCCGAGAGGAGAAGGAACAAGAGAAGGCCAGGACCCGAACGAGCAUGGACUUCUAUAUCCUCAGGCUUCAGCGGUUCAUAGGUUUCCUUGUAAACCUCAGCAUCAUCGCCGGCCUUUGGAUUGCCAUUUGGAUAUGCAUCAGGGACCGCACCCAGCUUGUGGAGAACCUUGCUGGUACUUUCGAGCAGUGCUGCAACGCUAAAGGUUUUGGCGAGUGGCUUGGAAACAGUCUCGUCACGGGUGCCGGAGCUGUCCUCCCUCCCGUAACAGAGCUUCUGACACACUUGGAGGCUUGGCCGCAAGCAUACCGGGAGCAGCUGAACAUCUAUCGCUUCUUCCUGGGCCAGAUUCUUACUGCCGGCCUCUACGCUGCCAUCUGCUUGGAGUUGCUCUACGACUGGCCGAUCUGGACGAAUGGGGACCUAGUUCUGGAUCCUCAGGUGGAGCCCUGUGGCAGCUACCCCUGCAAGGCUGACCAUGCUGGAGCCGAACUGCUGUCUCUGGUUGUGACAGAAUACACUUGGAUGAUGGUGAAGCCCCUCGCAAAGUUGUUCUGGGCGCUCCUGAAGCACGGCGUGAAGAGAAUGGUGGGUCGGACAGGCAACUUUCCCUGGCCGGAGUUCGAGAUUCAAGACGAUGCGGUGAAUGUUGUGUACUUCUCCGCUCUGCUGUGGAUGUGCUUGUCCACCGUGCCAUACAUGGCCGUCAUUGGCCCGAUUCUCCUGUACUUGCACUUCAAGUGGGAGCGAUUCAACCUGACGUUCCUUACUAGGCGGCCCUUCAUUACGAGUACUACUGGUUUGCUGGUGACCCUGCAGCGCAUCACAUGCAUCAACUUCAUUGCAAUCGGCCUCCUGAUGAUGUCGCAGCUCAUCAUCACCGUCCCCUACGAGCCGACUUGUGGCCCAGUUGAUGGCUUCCGAGCAGCAGGUCCCAUGAUCUGGUACCUGGACUUCCCGCUGAAGGAGUACUGGCUCAUCAUCUACGAGAUCACCCUUGAGAAUCGGGGCUCCAUUCUUGCAGCCACUUGCUUUCUGAUGACAGUUCUCGGAAUGAUGCACCAGGUGAAGAUGAAAACAAAUCGCAGCGUCGUGGCGCAGAUGUCUGGUGUCGCCAACCGGCACGUCGCAUCCCUGGAGAGGGAGCUCUGGCGCAUGGAUCGGCGGAAUGACCUGCUGAAGCGGCGCCUCGAGUGGCUGGAGGGCAAGGCGACCAUGUUUGCCCGCCGGACUUCCAAUGAAGUGCCGGACUUGCAGUUGAGAGAUUUGAAUAUCCCGCUCCUCCUUGUGGACGAGGCUGCGCAGUGCUUUGAGCCGGGUCUCUUCGUGCCCCUCAACGCGACGGGCUGUGAAGCUUUUGCUUUGGUCGGGGAUGAGAGGCAGCUUCCUGCAACUGUCAAGAACCAGCAAGCAGAGCAAUUGCAGCUGGGAGUCUCUGUCUUUGAGCGAUUCGUGUGUGACGAGAUUGUGUCAAUGGGUAACGGUUUUGUCCAACUGGACGAGCAGCAGCGAAUGCACCCAUCGAUCUCACGGUUCCCCUGCGAACGCUUCUACGGGGGAACAGUACGCGAUGGUGCCGAGAUGUCAAAGCGUGAACCCGUCCCCGGGUUUCCUUGGCCUGUGCCAGGCUGCCAUUUGGCUUUUGUGGAGUGCGGUGCCUACACUGGCGAGGAGGGAGGCCGUGGAGGUAGCCACUCCAACUUCCGAGAGGCGGAGAUUCUCCUUGCAGUGCUGCAUCGCUUCUUGCAAGCAGGGACUUCACCCAGCCAGAUUGGCAUCAUCACGGGCUACAGUGCUCAGAAGGAACUGUUGCAGAGGGAGGUGGCCAGGUUCGGGGAGCAAGGCCUUCGGGUGGACACGGUGGAUGGCUUCCAGGGGGCAGAGAGGGAUCUGAUCCUGGUCUCCACUGUCAGAUCUCACCUCAAGGUGGGCUUUAUGAAGGAUCCUCGCCGAAUCAAUGUUCUCCUGACACGUGCCCGACGCGGCCUGAUCGUUUUUGGCAACAGCACUACGCUGAGCUCAGAGGUGGACACCUGGAGACCGUGGUUAAACUUUGUGCGCCAACAGGGUGCAGAGAUGCUUGCAGGGCAGUUGACAACCGGGGAAGGGGUGGAUAGAGACUUCUGGGAUCUACCUGAGGCAACCAUCGACGAGAGGAGCAUGCCAUCCCUGUCGUCAGAGCGGCUGCCACCAGCGUCCUUCCCCGCAUCCUUUCCAACCUUUCCAGCAGCAUCCUCUCGGCAAGCAUCCUUCCCGCCAGCAUCCUUCCCGCCAGCCUCCUCUGCGACGGUUCCUCGGAAUCCGCCGCCGCCGCCGCCGCCGACACCCUUCCCACCAGCGUCGUUCCCGCAGCCGCAGAGGACUGUGACUUCCAGCAAAGCUGAAGAGGACCAGCGCGUUGAGCGGCCUCGGCCCCCGUCGACUUGGCUCGCAGAGGGCACCUGGGCCGAAUACGUCGACCCCGAAACAAAAAGGAUCUGGCUCUACAGUGAGGCCACCGGCGAGACGCGGUGGAAGGACCGGUGA